CCGCAUUUGCUUUCCAAACGUCGCCCAGUGAGGUCGUGAACUAUUCGCGUCACAGUUCUAGUUAAGUUGAUAUUUAUCUAGUGAAUUAUUUAGUUGUUUUUACCAGUGAUCAUUUUUGAAGGAUAAGCAAUGGCUCGUGUAUGCGUGAUUGGAGCGGGUGCAGCUGGUCUGUGCGCAGCUCGCCAUCUCCUCGAAGAGCCCUGUGUCAGCCAUGUGGACAUCCUGGAGCAAGCGCCACAACUAGGCGGCACCUGGGUGUACACUGAGAAUGUGGGAUAUGACGACUUCGGACUACCUAUUCACACCAGCAUGUACAAGAGUUUGAGGACAAACCUGCCUAAAGAAAUCAUGGGGUUCCCUGACUUCCCGGUGCCCGAGAGCGAGCAAUCUUACCUGCCCGCUAAAGACAUGCUGGCAUUUCUCAAGCUUUAUGCAGACAAACACGGCGUCACGGACAAAAUCAAAUUCAGCCACCACGUUCAACUAGUCAUACCAAAACAGGGUCCUUCAGGCGAGCUAUGGGAUGUCUCCUACAAGAACCUGCUCAACGGACACUCGGAGACCAGGGAGUAUGACUACGUGUUCGUCUGUAACGGACAUUAUAAUACUCCGUUCAUACCACACAUACCAGGGCUUAAGGAAUUCCAAGGUGACGUGAUGCACAGCCACGACUACCGAGUACCAGACAUCUUCAAGGACAAGCGAGUUCUGGUCAUUGGCGCCGGCCCCUCGGGCAUGGACAUCGCUUUGGAGCUCACCAGCGUCUCCAAGAAGGUCAUCCUCAGCCAUCAUCUGAAAGACCAGCCCCGGACUGUGUUCCCGGAGAACUUGGAACAGAAACCAGACGUGGAGAGGCUUGACGGACAUAAAGCUUGCUUCCUUGAUGGAACCGAAGAUGAAGUUGAUGUGGUUUUCUUAUGUACCGGUUAUCUCUACAAUUUCCCGUUCCUGCACGAGUCAUGUGGCAUCGUGGUGGAGGACAACUGCGUGGAACCUCUCUACAAGCACGUGGUUAACAUGAAUCAUCCCUCCAUGUGCUUCAUCGGAGUACCCUACUACGUCUGCGCGUUCUCCAUGUUUGAUUUACAGGUGCGGUAUUAUGUCCGAUCAAUGAACGGGACCUUCAGCCUGCCUACCACGGAAGAGAUGGCCAAACACUGGGAGGAGGAGAAACGAGAUCGAGCUGCCAGGGGCUACACCAAGCGACAGGCGCAUAUGAUGGGCCCUGACCAGGCUGACUACUACGUCUCCCUGGCUUCGGAGUCAGGCACCGAUCCCCUGCCGCCAGUCUUCACCAAGGUACAUAACGACAGCAGCCAGAAGUUCCUGGAUAACCUUACAUGUUAUAGAAACGAUGUCUAUCGGAUCUUGGAUGAUGAGCAUUUCAUUUGCUAUUGAGUCCUGUGUUUUAUAUUUCAGUUGAGACUUGUUUUAAGUUCUUUUAUAGAUAAUAUGUUAGGAGUAGGACUUUUUUUACCUUCUUGCUUACCUACCUACUACAUUUCUGAAAAUGUAUUUCAUUAAGUACUUUUCAUAACGGUUAUUAAGUAGAAUAGUGUUUUGCUAUACCUAGAUAAAACAUAGGUAACGUAUGAGUUAAGUAGAUAUAUAUUUCAUUAGGUUCAGAAAUUAUGUAAUCUACUAUUUAAUUACUGUAUUAUCACACUAACAUAAUCGCAUUUAUCCUUCUGACAAUAAAAAUUGCCUGAAA